UUUGAAGCACCGUCUCAGAAUCGAUUUGUACAGCGUCGCGAUCGGGUCUCUUCUCUUCCUCGCAUAAAUAUAAUAAAUACGAGUAUUACAUAUGUGUACAUAUAAGCAGUUUAAUUUAUUGUGAUAAUGCCACGUAUUGUGAGUCUGCUACUUAUAUAUAACUUCUUGUAUUUUUGUUCAUAUGGCAAUGGUUUCUUAUUUGGAAAAUGUCAGAAACCCGUUUGGUUUCGAUGCGAUGAUGGCGAAUGUGUACCAUUUUCAUUUGAAUGCGAUGGAAGUAGAGAUUGUAACGAUGGAUCGGAUGAAAAUAACUGCCAAGACUUUACUCUAAAUUAUCCUCACGACAUAAUAUGUGCCACAAAUGAAUUCAGAUGUCAAAAUAAAAAUUGUAUACCGGAAGGAAAGUUUUGUGACGCUGUAGAGGAUUGCACGGAUGGGAGCGAUGAGUAUAAUGGUUGCGUAAAUGAGUUAAAGUGCGACGAUAAAUUUCGAUGCAACGACAAACAUUGUGUAAGCAAAAAUUGGGUUUGUGACGGUAAAAACGAUUGUCCUGAUGGCAGCGAUGAAUGGAAUUGCGACAAUACAACGUUGUCCACAAGUGAUUGUAAAACUGCAUACAACCAUUUCUUAUGUAAAAAUCAAAAAUGCAUAUCUUUUGAUAUAGUAUGUAACGGAAAGGAUGAUUGUGGUGAUGGAUCAGACGAAGGUGUCGGUUGUAAAUCUAGUUGUAAUGUAACUUCAAUGGCAAAAUGCAGUUACGGCUGCAAACAAACACCUAGCGGACCUGUAUGUGUCUGCAAGCCGGGUUAUGUUAUUAAUCGUAACACAAAUAAUUACACAUGCAUAGAUAUCGACGAGUGUCAGAUUUAUGGCAAAUGCGAUCAAGGAUGCGUGAAUACAGCAGGAUCGUAUAAGUGUACCUGUGAAACAGGUUACAUCUUACAAGACGAUAAGAAAACAUGCAAAGCCGAGGGUGGCGAGGCUACGUUGGUAUUUUCUACAAAAACGGAAAUUCGCGCAGUAUAUCUCGAAUCAAAAAUAUAUUUCACAGCCGCUGCAAACUUGAGUCAAGCCAUUGCUGUCGCUCUCGACGACGAUAACUUAUUUUGUUCAGCUAUUACUGAAGACAAUAUUCAAACGAUCGUAAAAGGCAUUGUUGGAGGGAAACACGAAGCUAUCGUUACGGCAGGUUUGCAUACACUAACGGGAAUAGCCGUGGAUUGGAUUACGGGCAACAUAUAUUUCACAGAUGAAGGUAACAAUCAUAUCGGGGUUUGUGAUAAUAAUGGAACAUCAUGUACUAUAUUAAUUAGUGAGCAAUCUAAACCGAGUGGAAUCGCUCUGUUACCAACCAGCGGAAUAAUGUUUUGGACCGAUUUUAACAUCCCGCAUAUUGGAAUGGCUGGGAUGGAUGGCAAAGACAGAAGCCAAUUCAUCACUGAAAAUAUAGAAUGGCCCACCAGUAUAACUAUUGAUCAUCCGAAUAAUCGAUUAUAUUGGUUAGAUAGCAAGGCAAAUAUAAUUGAAUCAGUACGUUUAGAUGGCACCGAUCGAAGAAUCGUAUUGCACGAUAUAAUCGAAAAUCCAUUUUCCUUGGCGAUUUUCGAAAAUAAACUAUAUUGGAGCGAUUGGCAAGAUAAUACGAUACAAUCCUGCGACAAAUUUUCCGGAAAGAACUGGAAAAUCGUAAGUCGAGCGGAUGUUACACCUUAUGGCAUACAUAUAGAACAUUCGGCCUUAAAACCCAAGAUUCCAAACCCAUGUCACCCUAAUCCAUGCUCUCAUUUAUGCAUAUUGAAUCGGAAUAAAAGUUAUACAUGUGGCUGUACCGUAGAUAAAGAAUUGAAAGCCGACAGUCACACGUGUCGAGACGCGAAAAAGAAGCAGCGCUUUAUUAUCAUCGCGGAAAAUCUAUUUAUAGAAUAUUUUCAUGAAUUUUUGGGAAAGCCAAAACCGACUGCAAGCAGUACUUUAAGAUAUAUAACUGCAGCAACUUACGAUCCAAUUACUGGCACUAUACUUGCAAACGAUAAGCGUACAAAUCACAUCAUUCGUUACGACCCGAACAAUGGUGUUAUCAAGCAACUUAUAUCAUUCGAGAAUAAAAUAUUAGGAGGAAUGGCAUUUGAUUAUAUUGGUAAUAACUUAUAUUUGUCGAAUAAAGAAGACAGAACUGUCGAAGUACAUAGUUUGACAACUAUGUCGAAGACGAUCUUUUACUUUAAGGAUCAACCUUGCGAUAUUGCUUUGAUACCUGAAGAAGGCAUAAUGUUCAUCAUAUUUCAAUUCGGAACAUUUUAUCGCAGUUAUCGUUUAGAAAAAAUGAAAAUGAAUGGAAUCGGUCCGGGAAGUUUAAUAAAAAAUAUUAUGGGUCCAAUAGUAGCGUUGCAUUAUGACAGGGAUAAAAAGACACUUUUUUCGAUCGAUCAAAAUUCCGGUUAUCUCACAUCAUAUAAAGCUGAAGAUCAAUAUCUUCUUCGUACCGGAUUAGAAAACCCCGUGAGUCUUACAACUGCCGGAGACAACAUUUUCUGGACGCAACGCAAUUCUAAUUUAUUAUAUUGGACAGAUUAUAGUAAUAAUGUUCACAUGAAUUAUGAACAAGUUGCAGUCCGUCUGCCUGUAAAUGUAGAAACUCCGAUUGUGAUAGCUUUGCAAAAUAUUGUUACCCACGAAGAGCGCGGCUGUCAGAAAAAUAACGGAAAUUGCUCAGAUGUGUGUUUACCUUCCUCCGCUAUUUCAUUUAUCUGUGCUUGUCCUCCUGGAAAGAUGCUAAGCGCGAAUAAUCGUACAUGCACCUCGCAAUCUGCGUGUCUUACCGACGAAAUUAAAUGCAGUGAACAUAAUGUCUGCAUAAAGCGGAAGCAAUGGUGCGAUGAUGUCAUAGAUUGUCCGAAUGGUGAAGAUGAAAUGAACGACUGCGACGAGAGUGGCACUUGUGGACUAGGUAAAUUCAUGUGUAAAGAUGGUACGUGCAUCAAUUCGGAUGAUCGUUGCAAUUUGAAUUACGAAUGCCCUGAUAAAUCCGACGAAGAGGAUUGCCCUACGCAGCUAUGCCGCAGUGAUGAAUUUCAAUGUCGCGAUGGAACUUGCAUAUCGAAUUCCUUGGAAUGUGAUGGGUAUAGUGAUUGUCUCGAUUUCUCGGAUGAAAUAAAUAAUCAUUGCAGAGAUAGAGAGCGUACAUGUCCACCGACUAAAUUUAUGUGUAACAAUACAAGAAAUUGCAUACCAAAAGAAUGGGAAUGCGAUGGAGAGCGAGAUUGCGAUGAUGGAUCGGAUGAAAUCAGGGUUGAAUGUCACAACGUGAACAUCUGUGGUGACGGAAGAUUCAAGUGCCAAAAUGGUCGUUGCAUAUCUUCUUCCUUGAAGUGCAACGGUAUCAACGAUUGCGGCGAUGAGACCGACGAAAAAUAUUGUUUGAACGAAAAAUCUGUCAAAAAUUGCACCAAAGAUAAAUAUUUAUGCUUCAAUACUGAUAUAUGUCUUCCGAAGAGAGUAAGAUGCAACGGUGUUCAAGACUGCCCGAAAAACGACGACGAGCAUCAUUGCGCGUACUGUUUCAAGGAUGAAUUUGCCUGCGACAAUCAAAGGUGCAUUCCGCAGAGCUGGGUAUGUGACAAAACCGAUGAUUGCGGUGAUAAAUCAGACGAGAAAGAUUGUAGCGGUAAUAAAUUGGGAAACGCGAUUGUCAACGCGUCGAAUGUAUGCGAAAAUUUUAAAUGUACCUCAGGCACUUGUCUACCAUUCAACAAAGUAUGCGAUGGCAUCCGAGACUGUUCGGACAAUAGUGAUGAAAAUGGAGAAUGCACAAGCGCUUGUGCGCACAAUAAUAUCUGCAAGGGUCUAUGUUACAAGACACCGCUUGGAGGAGUUUGUGGUUGUCAAACAGGAUAUCGUUUAGCUGCCGAUAUGGUGUCAUGUAAUGAUAUAAAUGAAUGCGAAUUCGAUGUUUGCUCGCAGAUUUGUCGAAAUAACCUAGGCUCCUUUCAAUGUUCAUGCUACGAUGGAUAUGUUAUUCGCAACGAUAGGGUUUCUUGCAAAGCUAUUGGACCGCCAAUGGAAUUAAUUACCGUUGCCGAUGAUGACAUUAGAAAAAUAUCGUCAAAUUUGCUCUCAAUUGAAGCGAUUCAUUCGUUAAUGGGCUUGAGCGUAACUGGUUUCGACGUAAACGCACUCGAUAAUGCUAUUUAUUGGAGUAACGAUGAAUUGGGCACUAUUAAUAAGCUACACAUUAAUACGAACGAAUUAAGCAUAUUUAAGAAUGUUGGGAAUCCGGGAGUACUUGCAGUCGAUUCGAUCACUAAUAAUAUCUAUUUUAAUGAUAAUGAUCGUCCAAAUAUGAUUAAGGUAUGCAAUUCAAAACAACAAAACUGUGCAAUUAUCGUUAAAAUUGAAGGCGUGGCAAGAGUGUCGUCUCUCAAAAUCGAUUCAAAAAAUAGAUGGUUAUUCUGGAGUCAAACUACAUGGCAAGUGCAUGAUAAACCGUUCAGUGAAAUAUGUCGGACAGAUAUGAUGGGUGCCGGCAUGAAGAUAAUCAGUUUUCGACAUAUAGGCGUCGUGAGUGGACUGGCAAUCGAUUAUAUAAAAUCCAGAUUAUAUUGGUCGGACAGUUUCCGCAAAACCAUCGAAUCAUCCAAUUUAGAUGGAAGCCAACGAAGCACGCUUUUAAAUACAGAUAUGCAUCAACCAUUAAGCAUCAACAUUUUUGAAAAUUCGCUUUAUUGGUUAAUGGGUUCGAACGGUCAAUUGCAAAAGUGUAAACUGUACGGCAAUAAAUCGUGCGAAAUAAUGAAUAUAGGUCCGAACAAUAUUCACAAGCAUUUCUCCAUUCUACACACUUCCAUACAUCCUCUCGUUGAGAAUCUUUGUGAAAAGCUAAAUUGCAACUAUAUGUGCGUUUUAAAAGCUAAAACUGCGACAUGCAUUUGUCAAGACGGAAAACCAAUAACACCUAAUAGCACUUGUACGGAACUGCGUAAGAAUGAUGAAAUGAAAUUCAUUUCAAGACGCACCAACAACAUAAAAAUUCGAAGUCAGAGUAAAAUUUAUUCCAUAACAAUUGUCACAUUACUGGUUAUUGUUUCGUUAUUGUGCAUUUAUUACUACUAUCAAAAAAGGAAAUUAAAAUUAAAAACAUCAAAUAAUCUCAACAGCAUUCGCUUUCAAAAUCCAUCAUACGAUCGAAGAGAUGAGGUUGCAGUAACACUUAGUUCUAUAGUUCCACAUGUAUGUCCCGGACAGCAUGAAUAUAUUAAUCCUAUUGAUGAUAAUUUAUUAAAGGCUGCGAUGGAAAGUACUGCGAAGAAGUCAGAACAAAGUUCGUGUCAAUUGGAAAAUGAAGAUGAAGAGAAACAGCAACAGGCGUGUUUAAUUUCUUUUACACGAUCAAAACAAUAAUCGAAAUAAUCAAAUUAAAUAAAAUUUAAAAUUAGAAUAAAUUAAAAUUGAAAUUAAAGAAUGUCGUUUAUACGACAAUAGAAGCCAAUAAUAGGAUCUCUUAAUAAUUGAUAUUAUAAAUAUCAAGACCUUGAGUCAAGCAUGUUUAACGUUAUGUAUAUAGAUAUAUAUAAAAUAUUAAUAACAUAUUUGCGCUGUGUGCAUUUCAAAUACACGUAAUCAUCGUACAAUAGUAAAUUUGAUUUAUAUAAAUAUAAUUUUAAAUCCACGUACAUAACUUUUGGCUUAAAUAUUGCUAUUCUGCUUUUAGUAAACAUUUAAAAAAUAUAUA